AUGUCGAGCGGCUGGGAAGUGCGCUUCAGCAACUCGCGCAAGUUGCCCUACUUUUAUAAUGCAGGCACACAUACUUCCAUGUGGGAGCUCCCUGAGGGCGUGUCGGAGGAGCAAGCUCGCGCUCUUCCUGGCGGACAUUUGCUGGGCGAAGCAUCACAGGGAAAUCAACCUGCCCAGGUGCGUGCGAGCCAUCUCCUGGUCAAGCACCGCGAUAGCCGUCGGCCCAGCAGCUGGCGUGAGGCGAAUAUCACGCGCUCCAAAGACGAGGCGAUAGCCCAGCUGCGUGCCUUUCAGGACCAGCUUGGCGCGCAGCCGAGUGUUCAAGCCUUUGCGCAAUUGGCGGAGCAAUUCUCUGACUGCUCGUCAGCGCGCUCGGGCGGCGAUCUUGGCUCAUUUGGUCGCGGUCAGAUGCAGCGUCCAUUUGAGGAAGCUGCCUUUGGCCUCGAGGUCGGCCAGAUGAGCGACAUUGUCGACACGGACAGUGGUGUCCACCUGGUCCUACGUACAGCCUGA